UACGCAGUACACACAAAUCUGGUUGCAGGAGGUUUGGCUCUGUGUGUUCCGCAUCAAGUGAAGAAGUAGCGGGAGAGAGGCGCAGAGGAGCCAUGGCUACGGUGGAGCAGCCGCAGAUCGAGCACAGCCACCUCGCCAUCAGAGGCCUCAACCUCCACGUAGCCCAAGCAGGCACAGGUGAGCUCGGGACGGUGCUGUUCCUGCACGGCUUUCCGGAGAUAUGGUACUCGUGGCGUCACCAGAUGCUGGCCGUGGCCGCCGCCGGGUACCGCGCCGUCGCGCCGGACUGGCGAGGGUACGGCCUAUCCGACCAGCCGCCGGAGCCGGAGGCGGCGUCCUACCAAGACCUGCAGGAGGAUCUCCUCGCCAUCAUGGAUGCGCUCUCCGUCCCCAAGGUUUUUCUUGUGGCGAAGGAUUUUGGAGCCAUGCCAGCUUAUGACUUCGCUCUUCGUAACCCCAACCGCACAUGUGGCGUUGUGUGCUUGGGAAUCCCUUUUCUUCAUGGUGCUUCCUCCUUCACCACCUUGCCAGAAGGCUUCUACAUUCGGCGUUGGCGGGAACCAGGAAGAGCAGAGGCGGAUUUCGGCAGGUACGACGUCAAGCAAGUUGUGCGCACCAUCUAUGUUCUCUUCUCUAGAAGCGAGAUCCCAAUAGCGAACGAGGAUCAAGAGAUCAUGGAUCUUGCGGACCUGUCGACUCCCCUUCCAGAGUGGUUCACCGAGGAGGAUCUUGCCGUCUACGCAUCCCUGUACGAGAAAUCCGGUUUCCGGUACCCAAUGGAGAUGCCAUACAGGGCACUCCAUAAGAGCCAGCCAAUUGAAGAUCCCAAGUUCCAAGUCCCAGUGUUUGUUGUCAUGGGGGAGAAAGAUUACGUCUUCAAGUUUCCGGGGAUCGAGGCUGUCUUGAAAGAUGGCGUCAUGGCGAAGUUUGCGCCAGACCUGAAGGUCACAUACAUCCCUGAAGGAAGCCAUUUCGUUCAGGAGCAGUUCCCCGACAUGGUCAAUGAGCUCCUCCUCGGCUUCCUGAAGGACCAUCCUGUGGCUUGACAGAUGCUCUAUGCUUCACUUGAACUUGAUCUCAGACUCAGAAGCAUCAUAUACAGUCUGUGAUGUUAUGAAAUUAUUAUAUAUGAUUUCAGUGAAGUAUAUGUGAUGCUGCUAAUGCUUUUUCAGUGAAGGAUAUGUAAUGUCUGGUAUUUCUUCGAGUAUGAUAGUCAACUAUGUAUGAACUAUAUUGUACCAAUAUACUGGAUGUACUUUCUUUAAUGUUGCAUCUGCUUUCAACUA